AUUAAAUCCUAAUAAUAAUAAUAAUAAAAUAAUAAUAUGUCCAGAGCUUACCGACCUUCUCUUUUGAUCUGACCAGAGCUUACUUCUUCUUCUUCUUCUCCUCCUUCUUCAUCUUCUUUUUCUUCAAUCUGCAACAUGUCAUCAUCAUCACCAAACCCUCAAGUGAUAACCUGCAAAGCUGCAGUGGCAUGGGGAGCAGGAGAGCCAUUGGUGAUGGAGGAAGUUCAAGUCAGCCCUCCAAAUUCAAUGGAGAUUCGUAUUAAAGUUGUCUCCACCUCUCUCUGUCGCAGCGACCUUGCAGCCUGGGAAUCUCAUGCUAUAUUUCCUCGCAUAUUUGGUCAUGAAGCAUCAGGGAUUGUUGAAAGUGUGGGGGAGGGUGUGACUGAAUUCAAGGAGGGGGACCAUGUGCUAACAGUCUUCAUCGGAGAAUGCAAGGCGUGCAGGCCGUGCACGUCCGGGAAAAGCAACAUUUGUCAAGUUUUGGGAUUGGAGAGAAAAGGUUUGAUGCAUAGUGAUCAGAAGACCCGCUUCUCUGUCAAAGGGAAGCCUGUAUAUCAUUAUUGUGCUGUUUCAAGUUUCAGCGAGUAUACGGUAGUCCAUUCCGGAUGUGCAGUGAAAGUUAGCCCACAUGUACCUCUUGAGAAAGUGUGCCUUCUGAGCUGUGGAGUUGCUGCAGGUCUAGGCGCAGCAUGGAAUGUUGCUAAUGUGACAAAAGGAUCAAUUGUGGUGAUAUUUGGUCUCGGAACUGUUGGCCUUUCUGUUGCACAAGGUGCAAAACUAAGGGGAGCAUCUCGAAUAAUUGGCGUGGAUAACAAUCCACAGAAGUGUGAAAAAGCAAAAGCUUUUGGAUUUACAGAAGUUGUUGACCCGAGUUCCUACCAAGAACCUAUUGCUCAGGUUAUUAAGCGCAUUACUGAUGGCGGAGCAGAUUUUUCUUUCGAAUGUGUAGGCGACACUGACAUGAUAACCACUGCAUUGCAGUCCUGUUGUGAUGGAUGGGGUUUGACAGUAACACUUGGUGUGCCAAAGGUGAAGCCUGAGAUGUCAGCUCACUAUGGACUAUUCUUAAUGGGAAGAACACUCAAGGGAUCUCUAUUUGGAGGAUGGAAACCUAAAUCUGAUCUUCCUUUAUUAGUAGAGAAGUAUGUGAACAAGGAAAUUCAAAUUGAUGACUACAUAACACACAAUUUGCCAUUUGAUGACAUUAACAAUGCUUUUGAUCUCAUGAAGGAAGGAAAGUGUCUGCGUUGUGUUAUUCACAUGCCAAGAUAAUUCCUCUGGAUUUCUAUUAGUAUUUUCUUUCAAGGAAAACAGUCCAAAAUCCAAAUCAUUGUAGAAGGAACUAAUAUAACUAUAUAAGAGCUAUUCUCUUUAAUUUUUUUUUCAAA